AUGGGCGAUCAAGCAAGUACCGGCCCUGGCGACAUCGUCUACACGCCCCCCGAAUCCGUCACUGGCAUAGCUUCCUCGGUCGGAAGUGACAGCACCUCAGCAACGACCCUACAAAAUGCAAACGCAUCAACACACCAGGGCAUCUCCGGCGCAGGUUCAAACAUCAGCAAGCGCGAAUACAUCUACUUUCUCCCAUAUCCCCUCCCACCCGGCACCGAAGUCCCCUACUCCAUCCACCUCCCCGAGAAAAACCCACUGAACCUCCCCUCUCACCAAUUCGAGCCUACAAACACCCUCGUUCUAACCAGUCCCCUCCGCACUUUCGUCGAUAUCCGCGUCUACAAAGCCUUCACCACAUCUACCGCACCUACCCCCAACAGCAUCGACCAAGGCUCCCAGCAACGCCUCGAAUGGGCCUUCGCCGGUACUUCGACAUCCGUGCCUAUCCAGCCCUCCAGCGCCUCCGACAGCGGAACCCAAAAACCACAAGAAGACGAAGAGUGGGAAAACGUAACACAUUCUACAUGGAAGCACUGGCUCGAUUCGCGCUACAGCGUCGGUGAUGCCAAUAUCCCCGUGGACGAAGGAGAUAUGUAUCCACUUUCUGAAGAGUUGACGCUCGAAGUGGGACAUGCGUAUCAUCCAGCGCUUGAAGCGGUAAAGACGCAUGAGGAGAUGUGGCGAGAUGAAGAGAUCAAAUCGACAUGUCUCUCUGCGGCUGGUAAGGAGGGAAAGAAACUUUGUGUUGUGCUAAGGUGCCGCGAUGAUGCUGCGGGGGUGAGAGGCGUGAUUGUGCGUGUGGGACAGUAUGUACAGGGUAUAUUGAUGCAGGGGGAUAAGACGACGGUGGAGCGCUGGGAGUGGGCGGUGGAGAAUGAGGGGGUGGAUGAGAUGGCGAAGUGGCAGCGGACGGUGAGGAUUGGUGCUGCGUUUCUGCCCUGUGCCGUGUGUUUCCGAGAUGCAGUUUUAGCGGUGGGAGGGAAAGUGCGUUAUGGAGAGUUUGAAUGGGUGGUUGAGGAAGUUUGGGGGUGG